GCUCAUCCCACACUGAUGUCCCUCUCAUCCGUCCUCCUCUGUGUGAAUCCAUAAACAAAUAGAGCUAUUUUGCAGCCUUUACUCAAUCAAACGAGUCUCUUUUGAACAUAAGGCUUUCAAUAUUUACUUCUAUUUUGAAAAAGUAACGAAAAGCCCCUAAACUAUCCCUGUUUAUUUCCCCUAUCCUCCAUAAUCCAGAUGCUAAACGAGAAGAAACAACUGAAGUCCAUCGGACGAGGAGCAGAGACUAAAAUCCCUGAGAUUUAACGUAUUUGCAACGAGUUUGCUGCAGGUGAAGUGUUUCUACCCCAAAAAGGCUGCUGAGAGCGUCAUUCAUUGCAUCAUUGAAAAGGACCAUUGGCCACAUGGAGAAUGGAGACUGGGCACACAUGAUGAUGGAUACGGUUACCCUAAAUGUUGGUGGCCAUUUGUACACCACAUCGCUUUCCACCCUCCAACGUUAUCCGGACUCAAUGUUGGGUGCCAUGUUUCGUGGUGAUUUUCCCACCACACGAGAUGCCCAGGGCAACUAUUUCAUAGAUCGAGAUGGUCCUCUAUUCCGUUACAUCUUGAACUUUUUACGAACCUCGAAACUAACGCUUCCAUGUGACUUCAAAGAAACAGAGCUCCUUCGGAAGGAAGCAGACUUUUAUCAGAUCGAGCCCUUGAUCCAUUGUUUAGGAGACACCAAACCUCUUUAUCCAUUGGACACAUUUGAGCAAGUGGUAGAACUUUCAAGUAUUCGUAAGCUGUCCAAGUACUCAAACCCGGUGGCAGUCAUUAUCACCCAACUCACUAUCACCACCAAAGUUCACGCGCUACUUGAAGGCAUCUCCAACAACUUCACCAGAUGGAAUAAACACAUGAUGGACACCAGAGACUUUCAAGUGUCUUUUACCUUUGGACCAUGUGACUACCACCAAGAGGUUUCCCUUCGGGUGCAUCUGGUGGAGUACAUCUCCAAGCAAGGCUUCACAAUUCGCAACACGCGGGUGCAUCACAUGAGUGAACGCGCCAAUGAGAACACGGUAGAACAUCACUGGACAUUUUGUAGAGUUGCGCAAAAGGUUGAAGACUGAUUGAUGCUGCAGUCAUGUCUGAAUAUAAAAAUAUUUAUUGGUAAAAUUCAAAUAAAUUUGAGCAAUUACGAGUUUAACAAAGAUAUGAGUGAUUUUUAAUAGUUGCAAACUCAUAAUUAAGGUAAUUCUGAAAUUACCUGUACACACCACAUCUCCACUGCAGGUCCGUUUGAGGCAGCCAGUAAUGAAAAUGCACAAUGAAAAUGUUUUUUGUUGUAUUUGGGUGAACUUGUCCUACUGAGUUUUAUGCAUCUUCUCACCCACUUCAGAUGUUUAUAGACAAAGGGAAACUGAACAAUUUCUAGAACUACUAUAUACCUCAUAUACCUGGAAAAAGUGACCCAAUAUUUUCUUAAUUUCCAAAUCCAUAUAUGCAACCUAAAUCUGCAUAUAUCUGAAAUGUUAAUAUAUAAUGCAUCAGUGUUUAAUAUACAGUAUUCAGUUGUAUUUAUAGUAUGUCUGCAGAUAUUUUGUCCUGUGAUUGAGUCCUUCAACUGUAAAUGGUUUGCAUGAUUCUGUGGUAUCUGCACUAUUGUUGAUUCAGUAUUAUUUCCCCUUUGAUAUAUCUGAAAAUGAUGUAAUUCGCAUGAUGCUCAAUGUUUUGUUGCCAAAAGCUUUGAGCAAAACAAUACCUCUUAUGACCAGCUUUUAGACCAGACCAAAUUUUGGAGUUAAUGUCACAUUUAAAAUACAGUUUAGUCUCAAAAUGCAUGUAAGACUCAGGUUAGCAUCUUUAAAGCUGAGAACAUCCAUUAAAAUGUAAGAAUUCAUUCGUGUGUGUAAUGAAUUUUGACCUAAACAUUAAAAACAAGCGUUUCAUCAUACUUUGUUUUUAUUUGGUUGUAGACAUUUUUGAAUAAC